UGUGGAAAGAAAUAAUUCUAAAACGAUAUCUAUCAUACCGAGCGAGCUCUUUUUAUGUUUGGCGGUGCUGAGGUUAUGUCGAUGUACUCACGAUGAAGCUAAACAUUUCGUUCCCGGCAACGGGAGCUCAAAAAUUGAUUGAAGUUGUGGAUGAACACAAAAUACGCGUAUUCUAUGAAAAGCGUAUGGGAGCAGAAGUUGAUGCAGAUUCAUUAGGUGAUGAAUGGAAAGGUUAUGUGUUAAGAAUUACUGGUGGGAAUGACAAACAAGGAUUUCCCAUGAAACAGGGUGUUUUAACUAAUGCGCGAGUACGUCUUCUACUUUCAAAGGGUCAUUCUUGCUAUAGACCUCGAAGAACUGGUGAGCGCAAAAGGAAAUCGGUUCGUGGUUGUAUUGUAGAUGGCAACUUAAGCGUACUUGCUCUUGUUGUUGUCCGUAAAGGCGAACAAGAAAUCCCCGGACUAACAGACACUCAAGUACCACGUCGUUUGGGUCCAAAGCGGGCAUCGAAAAUCCGCAAAUUAUAUAAUUUGAAUAAAGAAGAUGAUGUGCGUCAAUACGUAAUUAAGAGACCUUUACCGUUGAAAGAGGGUAAAAAACAAAGAUAUAAGGCUCCAAAAAUACAAAGAUUAAUCACUCCUUCUGUUUUACAAAGAAAACGACAUCGUUUGGCAUUGAAAAAGAAACGUUGUUUGAAACGCAAAGAGCAAGCUGAUAAUUACGCCAAGCUUUUGGCUCAACGCAAAAAGGAAUCGAAAGCUCGUAGACAAGAGGAAUUGAAGAGGCGUCGCUCAGCGAGUAGAAGUAGCACGCAAAGUUCGAUAAAGUAAUUAUGAUGUUAUGACGGAAUUAUAAAAUAAAACAAAAUCGAAAAUCUG